UAUCCGACUUCCCUAGGGCCCCCGACCAGCCUCUUCCAGCCGCCCCGUCGCCCUGGCCUGGGAACUGUUGGGAAGCCCAUCCGCCUCCUCGCCAACCACUUUCAGGUUCAGAUCCCCAAGAUUGAUGUUUAUCACUAUGAUGUCGAUAUCAAACCAGAAAAACGCCCCCGAAGAGUGAACAGAGAGGUGGUGGAUACCAUGGUGAGACACUUCAAGAUGCAGAUAUUCGGCGAUCGGCAGCCCGGAUACGAUGGGAAACGGAACAUGUACACCGCGCACCCCUUACCGAUCGGCCGGGACAGAGUGGAUAUGGAGGUGACACUUCCAGGAGAGGGGAAGGACCAGACGUUUAAAGUAUCCAUUCAGUGGGUGUCAGUUGUCAGCCUUCAGUUGCUGCUGGAAGCUCUGGCAGGGCACUUGAAUGAGGUUCCUGAAGAUUCCGUACAGGCGCUUGACGUGAUCACACGGCACCUUCCCUCCAUGAGGUACACUCCUGUGGGUCGCUCCUUUUUUUCCCCCCCUGAAGGUUAUUACCACCCUCUGGGUGGUGGCAGGGAGGUCUGGUUCGGUUUCCACCAGUCGGUCAGGCCCGCCAUGUGGAACAUGAUGCUCAACAUCGAUGUGUCAGCAACUGCUUUCUAUCGUGCCCAGCCUAUCAUUGAGUUCAUGUGUGAGGUCUUGGACAUUCAGAACAUCAACGAACAAACCAAGCCUCUGACGGACUCCCAGCGUGUCAAGUUUACCAAAGAAAUCAGAGGUCUGAAAGUCGAGGUUACCCACUGCGGCCAGAUGAAGAGGAAAUACCGCGUUUGCAAUGUUACUCGGCGGCCGGCCAGCCACCAGACGUUUCCUCUGCAGCUGGAAAAUGGGCAGGCUAUGGAGUGUACAGUAGCUCAGUAUUUUAAGCAGAAGUACAGUCUGCAGCUAAAAUACCCUCACCUUCCCUGUCUCCAAGUAGGACAGGAACAGAAACACACAUACUUACCGCUCGAGGUGUGUAACAUCGUGGCAGGCCAGCGGUGCAUCAAGAAGCUCACGGACAAUCAGACGUCGACCAUGAUAAAAGCAACUGCGAGAUCUGCACCAGACCGACAGGAAGAAAUCAGUAGACUAGUGAAAAGUAACAGUAUGGUUGGUGGACCCGAUCCAUACCUGAAGGAGUUCGGUAUUGUUGUCCAUAAUGAAAUGACGGAGUUGACAGGCAGAGUUUUGCCAGCACCAAUGCUGCAGUACGGAGGCAGGAACAAGACUGUGGCCACACCAAACCAAGGUGUGUGGGACAUGAGAGGGAAGCAGUUCUAUGCUGGCAUUGAGAUUAAAGUUUGGGCUGUUGCCUGUUUUGCUCCUCAAAAACAAUGCAGGGAAGACUUACUAAAGAGUUUUACGGACCAGCUGCGCAAGAUCUCCAAGGACGCAGGGAUGCCGAUCCAAGGGCAGCCCUGCUUCUGCAAGUACGCCCAGGGUGCCGACAGCGUGGAGCCCAUGUUCAAACACUUAAAACUGACCUACGUUGGUCUGCAGCUGAUCGUGGUGAUCCUGCCUGGAAAGACGCCUGUGUAUGCUGAAGUGAAGCGGGUUGGUGACACUCUUCUAGGAAUGGCCACUCAGUGCGUUCAGGUAAAGAACGUGGUAAAAACCUCACCGCAAACGCUGUCCAACCUGUGUCUGAAGAUAAACGCAAAGCUUGGAGGAAUCAACAAUGUGCUUGUACCUCAUCAAAGGCCUUCGGUGUUCCAGCAGCCAGUGAUCUUUUUGGGAGCAGAUGUCACUCACCCUCCUGCUGGGGAUGGAAAGAAGCCUUCCAUCGCUGCCGUGGUCGGCAGCAUGGAUGGCCAUCCCAGCCGGUACUGUGCCACGGUGCGCGUGCAGACCUCCCGUCAGGAGACCUCCCAGGAGCUGCUGUACAGUCAGGAGGUGAUACAGGACCUGACAAACAUGGUGCGAGAACUAUUGAUCCAGUUUUACAAAUCCACUCGUUUCAAGCCCACGAGGAUCAUUUACUACAGAGGGGGAGUAUCAGAAGGACAGAUGAAGCAGGUAGCUUGGCCAGAACUGAUAGCCAUCCGGAAGGCCUGUAUUAGUUUGGAAGAAGAUUAUAGACCGGGAAUAACCUACAUUGUUGUGCAGAAAAGACAUCACACCAGGCUGUUCUGUGCUGACAAAACUGAAAGGGUGGGUAAGAGUGGCAACGUACCAGCAGGCACUACUGUGGACAGCACGAUCACACAUCCUUCUGAAUUUGACUUUUACCUCUGUAGCCAUGCAGGAAUUCAGGGAACCAGCCGGCCCUCCCACUAUCAAGUCUUGUGGGACGACAACUGUUUUACUGCAGACGAGCUACAGCUCUUGACGUAUCAGCUGUGUCACACGUACGUCCGCUGUACGCGGUCGGUCUCUAUUCCAGCUCCUGCGUACUACGCCAGGCUGGUGGCCUUUAGGGCCAGGUACCAUCUCGUGGACAAGGAUCAUGACAGUGCUGAAGGCAGCCACGUGUCAGGACAGAGCAACGGCCGCGAUCCCCAGGCCCUGGCGAAGGCGGUGCAGAUCCACCACGAUACUCAGCACACGAUGUAUUUUGCCUGAGAGCGUCUGGGAGGAUGAGGCAGAACCAACAACGCGUGCAGUCCUGAAAUGCUUCGCAUGCCCGCUGCGACCGCGGGGGCCCGCUUUCUGUCGGACUGCCCGCUACCAGCAGCUCUCAGCCGUCGCACUGAACCCGUACUUCACAGCAACGUCUGAUGCACCAACACGAUUGAGCCAUUCGUUUCGUUGUUUCGUGUGACAGAAAUCCACAGACCGUCUUUUCCGACGCAUCGGACUGAAUUUUUACCUCAAAGCGCAAAAGGCCGAUCAUCCUGAAAUUUUUAAAGGACUUGGCACGAAAGGUUUCUAUGGAAUAUUUUGCUAGCUGCCGUUCUUAAGUUAUCUUCUCAUCCCGUUUCUCGUGACGACUGAUUCCCUGUCUUCGUGCACUGCUUAGUGAGUACGCAUAUUACGGCAAAACCUUUUCCUCCAGUUAAAUGUAAUUGUUCUAUUGUGUGGGGCCAUAGAUUUUUUAAAUGGAGAUUUUAGACUUCACUACUGUAAAUGCCUUUUAACAAACAUAACUUUCACAGGUAUUGCAGUUUUUUGUCGGUUUUACUAAUUAUCUUUUUAAUCUCUGCAGACUUCGGCUGCAAAGCAAUUGCACUAUACUGCGAGUUCGAAUAGGUGGUUCUUGUUCUGUGAAUGUGUAAUAUAACCAGAUAGUGAUGCCUGUCAGUAGAUUUUAUUUAUGAUGGUUACAAAUAAUACUGCCAUGGUAUCGUAACAAGUACUGAACCAUCGUUUCCCCCUCUAAAAAUGAUAAAA